AGUUCUACCAACCUAACGAACGAGUUUCUAUACCGCAUCCAAUAUGGCCAUCAACUUCCUUUCGCCUUUUCCUUUUCUCUUUCAACGUGCUAAGUGACAAGUUAAGAUGACUGCCACCGCAGCCGCAAAGAAGCCCGAAGCAAAGGGCAAAUCUUCCAAAAAGUUGCCUGCUGUCCCCGAGUCGAAGCUGAAAUACAGCAAAAAAGUAGCUAGCAAACGUGCUACUUUGAUCAAACGUAAACUAAAGCGUACUGCCGUGAUUGCGCUACGCAAACGUGAAAACUUGGUGCGUGCUGAGAAAUACCAAGCCGAAUAUCUACGUUCGGAACGCCGUGAAAUCAAGUUACGUCGUUUGGCCAAGAAACGCGGUCAAUUUUAUGUGCCUGCUGAGGCCAAAUUGGCUUUUGUGAUCCGUAUUCGCGGUAUCAACAAAGUUGCACCCAAAGUGCGUAAAGUUUUGCAGUUGUUCCGUCUGCGCCAGAUUAACAAUGGUGUGUUCAUCAAAUUGAACAAAGCUACAAUCAACAUGUUGCGUAUUGCUGAACCCUACAUUACCUGGGGUUAUCCAAAUCUGAAAUCGGUUCGCGAAUUGAUUUACAAACGCGGUUAUGUCAAGCACAAUCGUCAACGUGUUCCCAUCACCGACAACUUUGUGAUCGAACGUAAAUUGCGCAAGGCGCAUAACAUUCAGUGCGUUGAAGAUUUGGUGCACGAAAUUUUCACUGUUGGAUCCCAAUUCAAAAAGGCCUCCAAUUUCCUGUGGCCAUUCAAGCUGAAUACUCCAACCGGUGGCUGGCGCAAGAAGGCUAAUCACUACGUCGAGGGUGGUGAUUUCGGUAACCGUGAAGACAAAAUCAACAGAUUGCUGCGCAAGAUGGUUUAAAAAAAUGUAUAAAUUAUGGGUUCACCCGUUGCUUGAGGGAAUAUUGUUGGUGUAGAAGGUGGAGUAUUUUUAUUCCAAAAAUAUAACAAUAAAAAUGGAAAAGAAUCUUUUU